AAAGUGCUUACGCAGUAACCCCUUACGGCGGCGACACCACCGGCAAUUCAUGAUUAAAAGGCGUUUUAAGUUUGUGUGUGUGCAUUUAUCAUUUUGCUACCCACUAAGCAUGAUGUGGUUAGACUUAUAGAAAAAGAAUUCAUUCUGGGCUAUUUUGCUUCUCGAAGUAAGGAUUUCUUCUGUGGCGGUGGCUGGCAGCUAUGUUGUAGUGGUAGAGAUUUGGCGAGUUUACAAUUGCAAAACAACAAAAGGGUUAUGAUAAAAUCGUUUCCGGCUGUGAUUGUCAGUAAACAGUUUCGAAAGUAUUCGAUGGAAAACCAAAGUCACGUAAAAAAUAAGGUUUAUGUUCACUAUAACCAUACUGACUCUUGUAAGUUCGCUAGGUGGACUGCCAGGGAAAGCUACGAUUUUAUGUAUGCAAGGCCCUGGCAACAUGUUGUUGAUUUCUAUUCUGAUAUAGUUAAUGGCCGCUUGUUGCUAUCGGACUUGUUUGGAACUGAGAGAGCAUGUUUUAGUCAUGAUGAUAAGGAAAUUCUGGAGGUUGAAGUGGAGAGUGAUGGAACUGAAGUCCGGUCUGGGAGAUGGGCAAGAGUAACAUUUAAAAUACUUGUUUCGUAUCAUGGAGGUUCAUUUGAUGGUUGGCAAAAGCAGCCUGGUUUGAACACUGUUCAAGGUUUAGUGGAAACAUCUCUUGGGAGUUUUGUUGAUGAGAAGAAAGCGAAGUUGCUGAAAGAGAAGUGUAAACCAUUGGAAGGAUGUGCUAGUGUUGCUGGCCGCACGGACAAAGGGGUGUCAGCUCUUCAACAAGCGUGUUCUUUCUAUACUUGGAGAAAGGAUGUUAAACCUCGUGAUAUUGUAGAUGCAAUCAACUCUGCAUCACCAGGAAAAAUCAGGGUUGUUUCUGUUUCUGAGGUGUCACGUGCAUUCCAUCCUAAUUUCUCUGCCAAAUGGAGGCGGUAUUUGUAUAUUUUUCCUCUCAAUGAUGGAGAAAACAAGGAAGAAACCAGUGACAGUGAGGUAGAAGUUGACAAUUUUUAUUCAAAUAGAAUUUCUAAUGGAAAGGAUGAAAAUGUUGAGAACAAACUUAUUGAUGAUGAGGGAGUUGUUGAAACUGGAAAGAAACCAAGAAGGUUUGAAGUAAAACGUGUUAAUUUGCUCCUACAGCAAUUGGAAGGAAAGUUAUUAUCCUACAAGGUGUUUGCGCGUGACACUAAAGCCUCAAGAAACAUAGGUCCACCAACAGAGUGUUUCAUCUACCACGCACGAGCUGCAGAAGCCAGAUUACCUUGUUCUGUACAUGAUCAUGGGGAAGGAAGGAAAGUUAUGUGUGUUGAGCUGGUGGGAAAUCGCUUCCUACGCAAGAUGGUACGGGUGCUUGUGGCCACUUCGAUAAGGGAAGCAGCUGCAGGUGCAGAAGAAGAUGCAUUGCUGAAGCUGAUGGAUGCCACAUGUAGACGUGCCACUGCUCCACCAGCACCACCUGAUGGUCUCUGUCUUGUUGAUGUUGGAUAUACAGAAUUUGAUCCGGAAAAUACCCUCAUUGGAUAAGGUAUAAAUUUUUAUAGCUGUACUAAAUACUAGUCGUAGUAUCCCAUUCUUGAGCUGAUAAGAAUUAAAAGUGUAUUCCAGUCGAUGGUCAUGCAUCUAUCAUACAUAUAUGAUAGAAACUAACAUUUGAUUCAUUGUAUUCCUUUCAGAAAAAAAGUUCGAUUAUUUGUGCUAAGGAAAUACUUCUCGAAGUAUACUAGUGUAUAUGAGAGACUUUUAAGUGUAAAAUUACUAGGACUAUACUAGUACUAGUAAUAAAUUCCAGUUGAGCUGGAUGCUCUUUAAAGUUUAAACCAAAUCAAUUCAACUGUUAUCACCAGUCUGGUAUCGUAUAGUUUGUCCCACUUUUA